GUUUCAUCCUUGAUUUUUCAACAACUUUUCAACCGCCAUCUUCUCGCCGGCGCAUCACCAGGGGUAGAGAAUUAGGAUUGAGCGAUGUCGAAGGUAUUGAAAUUGGUGAAAAAAAGUAAGAAGGCGUUGGGAGAGUCGAGUUUGGUCAAAGUCUUGCAGUCAGAGAUCAGACAUGAGCUCUCUAAUGAUCUUUACAAGAAUGAAAGAGGAUCAUUAGGAGAUUUUGUGAUUGAUUGGGAUUCAUCACAAUCCAGAGACAUUAUGAUGCGCAAAAAGUGUGAGUCUGGUGAGGAGGUUGCUAUAUCCGCAUUGCUAGGUGAUGAAACGUUUUUAGGAGAUGUCGGUUAUCCCAAAGAGGCUGAGAUGAAGGUGUGUGUAAAAAAGACUGGGUUGAGCUCUAUCUUGCAGUUUGAUUGUAAAGUUGUAGAUGAAGGUCAAGAUAAAGUUGACUUUCAUAUUCAAAAUGCCUUUUAUUUGAAGUGGCCUACCAAUUUGAGUUCUUCAGUCUACAGAGGUCCCGAGUUCAGGGACUUAGACCCUGAUUUGCAACAAGAGCUGAAACAUUACCUGAUAUCUAAAGGAAUAGGGGAAAGCUUUUCUAACUUCCUCCUCCACUACUUACAUAAGAAGGAGCAAAAUCAGUACAUAAAUUGGUUGCAGAAUUUGGAAGCCCUGGCGGCAAAAAGCUGACUGAUGAUGGUCUCCCCAUUCCUGCCAUUACACUGACGUAAGAAAUAUCUAAUUUCAUGAUAUUUUGGCUAGCAUUGCUUAUUGAUUAAAUGACCUAAAAGGUAACUUCGUGCCACAUUAGCUAUAGCAGUGUUGUCCGGAUUUAUGUUGUUAUAAUCAGAAUUAUCGCUUUUUACCGGUAAAUUUAGA